UAAACCGACUACUUCCUAUGCUCGCACGUGCCAUCAGUCGACUAACAGUAUUUCCUCAGAGUGGUAGAUGAGAUUGGCGAACUCUUUUAUAUAGCACUGGUUUGGAGAACAAUCAAUUCAACUCACUUGUUUCACACAGCUUAGAAAGAGAGUCCUCGGCCAUAUUAUAUACAGUAAUGGCCCCAGCUCGAGUGGAGACACUGUCCAGCAGUGGCGUGGAAUCCAUCCCGGCUGAAUACAUAAGGCCGGUGGAAGAGAGACCCACGGGAAGCGUUCUGGAUCUCAAGAAUGCAGGAGAUGGCCCUGAGCUUCCCGUCGUUGAUUUUGCCGGGUGGGACAAAAGCGACGAGGAUCGGAAAAGAAUAAUGCGGGAAGUUGCAGAGGCGAGCCGAGAAUGGGGAGCAAUGCAAUUGCUCAAUCAUGGCAUCCCUGAGACUCUAAUCGCCCGCCUCCAGGCUGCCGGAAAAGCUUUCUUCGAUCUGCCCAUCGAAGAAAAGGAAAAGUACGCCAAUGAUGCCGCCAAUGGAAAGAUCUCGGGUUAUGGAAGCAAGCUGGCCAACAAUGCGAGCGGGCAGCUGGAGUGGGAGGAUUACUAUUUCCACAUUCUGUGGCCUCAUCACAAGCGCGAUGUGGAAAAGACAUGGCCUGGUUACCCGGCUGAGUAUGAGGAAGUGACGGACGCUUAUGGAGUGCACAUCCGAAAGCUGACGAGUUUUCUUUUGGGCGGUUUAUCUUCGGAGCUCGGUUUUGAGGAGAAUCGCAUGGAGAAAAUGCUGGGUGGGGAGGAGUUAGUUAUGGAGUUGAAGAUCAAUUAUUACCCGCGUUGCCCUCAGCCGGAGCUCGCUUUGGGAGUCGAAGCGCACACCGAUAUCAGUGCUCUUACGUUUCUUCUGCAUAACAUGGUGCCCGGACUGCAGCUAUUCCACCAGGGGAAGUGGAUUACUGCCAAAUGCAUUCCUGGGGCUCUUAUCUUUCAGCUCGGUGACCAAGUAGAGAUCCUGAGCAAUGGAAAGUACAAGAGCGGGCUCCACAGAGGACUGGUGAACAAGGAGAAGGUGAGGAUAUCGUGGGCGGUGUUCUGCUGCCCUCCAAAGGAAGCGGUGACUGGGCCUAUGAAAGAGAUGGUCGACGAGCAAAACCCGCCGCUUUUCCCAACGAGGACUUUUCAGGAGCACAUUGAUUACAAGCUCUUCAGGAAGAAUCAGGCUAAAAAGGAAAAAGCAGCGCAAUGAGACAGUUCAUAGCUAUGCCCUUGUGUUUCGAGUCUUAGAUUAAAUAAUUACUUGUUCGAAGGUCUGGAUCGUAGUACCUACAUUGUGUUUCCCUCCUCGUGUUUUCUACAAGUAUAUUGUUAUUAGGCCCUGCCUUGAGCAGGGAACUAAUGUUUUCACCUCACUCUUUACAUAUUAAUUCUGCAGGGAAAAUUUUCUAAUCCUAAAGUUUAAGACAUGAUUUCUAUAAUGCUAUUAUUUUUCAGAUUUUUCUUAA